CGCGGUGCUAGCAUGCGCUUGGAGCGCUGAGAACUGAGGCCAGUGAGGCAGUGAGUGACAGGUACGUUACGUGAGCGGCUCGUGAGGUCGCAUUGAGGGCAGCACGGCCGUGUUUUUUUUUUUAUCCCAAAGCUCGUUUCACGAGUGUCAGCCGUAGGUGCUGUUUCGUGGAAUGACCCAGUCUGCUGAGGAGAAAAGAGAUUGAGGUUGACUGCAGCUGAACACGCUAAAGUUGGUCGGGAUUUUCCGGCGGGUGUGUGAAGAGCACUGAGGAGUCUGGUGAAGAGACCCUGCCAUGCGUGAAUACAAGCUUGUGGUGUUGGGCUCUGGCGGUGUGGGCAAAUCAGCCCUGACAGUCCAGUUUGUCCAGGGAAUUUUUGUGGAGAAAUAUGACCCCACAAUAGAAGACUCCUAUAGGAAGCAAGUUGAAGUGGACGGCCAGCAGUGCAUGUUGGAGAUCCUGGACACAGCAGGAACAGAGCAGUUCACAGCUAUGAGGGACCUGUACAUGAAGAACGGUCAGGGCUUUGCUCUUGUGUACUCAAUCACAGCACAGUCCACGUUUAACGACCUGCAGGACUUAAGAGAGCAGAUUCUACGAGUAAAGGACACAGAGGAUGUGCCAAUGAUCCUGGUGGGAAAUAAAUGUGAUCUGGAGGACGAGAGGGUGGUGGGGAAAGAACAGGGGCAAAAUCUGGCCCGGCAGUGGAACAACUGUGCCUUUCUAGAGUCCUCCGCCAAAUCGAAAAUCAACGUCCUUGAUAUCUUCUAUGACUUGGUCAGACAAAUUAACAGGAAAACACCAGUGGAAAAGAAGAAAGCGAAAAAGAAAUCCAAUUGUAUCCUCCUGUAGAGUCAGCAGCAGCUCAGAGCCAGAAUGCUGUAAUGAAGAACUGUUAGCUUGUUUGGAUCAUGCCAGCAUUCCCAUCCUCAGUGAGUGAUUCAAUGGAACAGCUGACUUACUGACUCAAAGCAGCACCGGACAUAGCAAACGAGAACGACUCUUUUAUUUCCCCUUUAUUUUGGCAGUAAAAUUUGAGGAAAAACUCAAUUUCCCAGAAGCAAUUUCAGUAGAACUGAGAACAUCUCAACAUCUCCUGGACCUUCCGGACUUUUUACAUCACUGACCAUGGCUGAUGAAGAAAUUAAACCUCAUAUAAACAUAGUGAAAAUUUACCUUUUUUUCAGUUACUUUACCAAAUGAAUCUUAGGGUUAUAAUGUCCCAGGAUUCUUUCUUUAUCUUUCAUUUCCUUUUAUGUUGAAAAUCUGGUGGCAAUAUUUAAAAUCCUUCAACUUCCUCUAAAAACCCAUGGAUAUAUCAGUUCCGAAACUUCAAGACCUGCACUGUCAAGAAGGAGAAAAUCACUGAAAUUUCACCACAACUGCAUUUUUAAAACUUUUCCCCAUAAACUCUUGAACUCUGUGCUUUUCAAUGGCCUCAUCACCUGUUGAAGAAGCUGGACGAGAAAUCAGAGUUAGCAGUAUUCAUUUGCACAAUACCACAUUUUCAAAGACAUGAAGGAUGACCGCAUUUAAUAUCCAGUUAUCAGCAGUCAGCAUGAGCAUCUUUAAGUGUAGAUGUUGUAAAUGAUGUCAAGUUUAGUUGUUUUCUCUCUUAAGUUGUACUUCCAUUCUUGAUACAGUGUGUAAAUGUCUAUAAAUGACAUAUGUAUGUAAAUGUUUUGCUGACAACUAUGGACUCGUUCAUCAGAAAGUACUGCCCAUAUUACCAAUGUGACAUUAUUUUGUAUUCAGUCACUUGGUUUUCCUAGCUCAUAUAUCAUAUUCUAAUGCCAUUCUGUUUCAUGAAGAUUGUUCCAUAAAUAAACAGGCCUUUUAUAGUGUAAAAAGUGGGGGAAUUAUCGAUUUCUAUGUCUAUCGAGACUGAAAUAUAUUGUACUAAACCAACUAUUUUCUCUUGUGUUUUUCUGUCAAAAGAUGAUCUGGCUUUUAAGAUUAUUAAAUUUUAGUACAUUUUUCAUUA